AUGACAAAUUUGUUGAAGAAACAAGGUAUCAUUCACAAGGUAGCGACAGCUUACCAUCCCCAAACCAAUGGACAAGCCGAGGUGUCAAAUUGGGAGAUAAAGCGCAUAUUAGAGAAAAUUAUGAAGCCUCAUAGGAAGGACUGGAGUGCUCGACUGGCAGAUGCGCUUUGGGCCUAUAGGACUGUAUACAAGACACCCAUCGGAAUGAGUCCAUUCCGCCUCGUCUACGGGAAGCUGCAGAAAUUAGAGUGCCUUCGACUAGAGGCGUACGAGAACUCACAGCUCUACAAGGAAAGGGUGAAGGCAGUGCAUGACAGAAAUAUUAAGAGGAUAGUGUUUAGAGCUGGGGAUUUGGUCAUCCUCUACAACUCAAGGCUAAGACUCAUGCCAGAAAAGUUAAGAUCUGAAUGGGAAGGACCCUACAGGAUGGAAAAAUCUGAGCCUUAUGGAGUCUUCCACCUGAGCCAUCUGUCAAGCCCCACAUUCUUCAAGGUGAAUGGCCACCACAUGAAGCUAUAUCAUGGUGAGAAGAUGAAGAGCAACAAGGAGCUGGAAAUCUUCCUCUUGAAGGAUCCAGCACAAGAAGAGGACUAA